UCCGACACUCUUUGCGGCGAUACUCCCUCCUGCAAACCACCACCGUUCCUUCUACUCACCGUCGCCUGCACCCGUCUCCCUGAUUCACUAGCGGAACCAUCCACCCAACCACAGAAGGACACGCCAUGGAAGGAUCCUAAUAUAAUAGGAAGCGGGUUGGACGAUGAUGCAAUAGUGGAAGCGGCCGGCCCGAUUGCAUUGUUCUCGAUCAAGUUACCUAGUUCGAUUGACAUGGUGGCCGCCGACGGGUGUGUAGCUUCUUGGGUGAGCGAUUUCUGGGUCAGGGUCGGCUAUGGAUGGCUUCUUUAUGUUGGCCAUUUUAUGGGUUUGUCAACUGCUGGAGUUUCCUCUCAAGGGCCUUUACCGCAGGAACACAUUUAGAUUCGCUCAUAGUGAAAGCAAUCUCUACAAAGGAUUCUAUGUGGGUGUCGAUUAUAUUUUGUAGAGUG